CCAACCGACGACAGCGACGACAACGCCGACAACCCCUCGAACAUCGUCGCAAUGGGUCACUCCGCGGGUCUCAGAGCCGGUACUCGGGUAUGCAAUAAAUGCGCUGGAUUUGCUAGGAUUUUGAAGGUUGACGUUUCGACAGCAUGCCUUCUCGCGCGACUUCAAGAAGAAGGGCUACAUCAAGCUCUCGACCUACCUGAGACAAUACAAGUACGCGAUCGACGUUAGGGAGGCGCUUUGGAGAGAAUCAGGGAGCUGAUAAUUUCGAUAGGGUCGGUGACAUUGUCGACAUCAAGGUCAACGGUGCCGUCCAGAAGGGUAUGCCCCACAAGAUCUACCACGGCAAGACUGGUGUCAUCUACAACGUCACGAAGAGCUCCGUCGGCGUUAUCAUCUACAAGCGGGUCGGCAACCGCUACAUCGAGAAGCGUGUCAAUGUCCGCAUUGAGCACAUCUCGCUUUCCCGUUCGCGAGAGGACUUCCUGAAGCGUGUCAAGUCCAACGCCGAGGCCAAGAGAAAGGCCAAGGCUGAUGGCACCCACCUUUUCCUCAAGAGACAGCCUGCUAUGCCUCGGGACGCCCGGACGGUCAGCACCCAGGACAACCUCCCCGAGAGCAUUGCCCCCAUCGCGUACGACACCCACAUCUAAGGGACGGAUCAGUGGAUUGUGAUCGAGCGGUUUCCUAUUGUUAGACGAAUGGAGGACAAAGGCGUCGCUACGCUUGGUGGUUCAGCCGGUGCAGCCCAUCUGUACUUUCUAAAAUGUUAUCCAUGAUAUCAAUGUCUGCUGUCCAAACAUUUGACCAUUUCGAUUUCUUCUGUGGUGACUACAUGCUACGUUCAUGUCAAGCCAUUCGAUCCGUCCGUCCAUAAUCUUUGAUCCAACGCCCAUUCGCUGUGUGCUGAUCGUUUGAAACGCCGUGUUAUACUCAAAAAAGAAAAUAUCCUAUCACAUC